AUGGCAUUCAGUGGUAGAGAUCAGCAGUUCAAUAGGGACAACUUUAACGGCCGUGGCGGUGAUCACAGAGGCCAAAGGUCAUCGGACAGAAAUGACUAUGGCAGAGAUAUGAGAGGCGGAAGAGGCGGUUACGGUGGUCGCGGUAGAGGUCAACAAGAUCGUCUUGAAUUGAGAAAGCCUGAAUGGGAUUUGGAGUCUUUGCCCAAGUUCGAGAAGAACUUCUACGUCGAGCACGAAGACGUUCAAAACAUGAGCGAGGACGACGUAAAAAAGUUUAGACGGGAGAGCGAGAUGACAAUCAUUGGUCACGAUGUUCCUAAGCCAAUUCGGACUUUCGAUGAGGCUGGAUUUCCGGAAUAUGUGUUGCGUGAGGUUAAGGACGAGGGGUUUGAGAAGCCCACCGCAAUUCAGUGCCAAGGAUGGCCAAUGGCUUUGUCUGGGCGUGAUAUGAUCGGUGUUGCAGCUACUGGUUCUGGUAAGACUUUGUCAUAUUGUUUACCAGGGAUUGUUCACAUAAACGCCCAGCCUCUGCUGUCUCCCGGUGAUGGACCUAUUGUUUUGGUGUUGGCACCAACUAGAGAAUUGGCGGUACAAAUUCAGAAGGAAUGUUCCAAGUUUGGGCGUUCUUCUAGAAUCAGGAAUACAUGUGUGUAUGGUGGUGUACCAAAGUCGCAGCAAAUCAGAGAUUUGCAAAGAGGUGUCGAGAUUUUGAUUGCCACUCCUGGUAGAUUGAUAGAUAUGUUGGAAAUCGGAAAGACCAACCUAAAGAGAGUCACUUAUUUGGUUUUGGACGAAGCCGAUAGAAUGUUAGAUAUGGGAUUUGAACCACAAAUCAGGAAGAUUGUGGAUCAAAUUCGUCCUGAUAGACAAACAUUAAUGUGGUCUGCAACCUGGCCAAAGGAGGUGCAACAAUUGGCUAGUGACUACUUGCAUGACCCAAUUCAGGUGAACAUUGGUUCCUUGGAGUUGGCUGCUUCACAUUCUAUUACUCAACUUGUGGAAGUUGUUUCAGAGUUUGAUAAACGUGAUAGAUUAGUCAAGCAUCUAGAAAUUGCAGCCAAGGACACCGAAUCCAAGAUUAUUAUAUUUGCCUCCACGAAAAGGACAUGUGACGAGAUCACCUCCUAUCUGAGGGAAGACGGCUGGCCUGCUUUAGCCAUUCAUGGUGACAAGCAACAGCAGGAGCGUGACUGGGUUUUGAAUGAAUUCAGAACUGGUAGAUCCCCAAUUAUGGUAGCCACAGAUGUUGCGGCUAGAGGUAUUGAUGUCAAGGGUAUCAACUUUGUUAUCAACUAUGAUAUGCCAGGUAACAUCGAAGAUUACGUCCACAGAAUUGGUAGAACUGGUAGAGCUGGUGCCACUGGUACUGCCAUUUCGUUUUUCACCGAAGCUAGCAAGUCAUUGGGUGCUCAGUUGAUCUCUAUUAUGAGAGAAGCUAAGCAAGAAAUCCCUCAGGAGUUAUUGGUUUAUGACCGUGCUCCUCGUGGUUUCCACCCUAGAUAUGGCGGUGGUAGAGGUGGCUAUGGUGGUCGUGGUCGUGGCGGUUACGGUGGUCGUGGCGGUCGUGGAGGCUACGGCGGUCGUGGUAACGGCUUCGGUGGUGGCUACAAACCAAGAGACGGCGGUUGGGGAAAUAGAAACUGA